GGGGAAGUUCCCUUUUCCUUUCUUUUGUUUUCAAACAACACUUGUCCACAAGAGGAGAAGUUUUACAAUUACAGGGUGUCAAGAUUUGUGAAAGCGCACUAGAAUUUCCAGUGCUGAGUUUGUGUUUGACCUUGGCCAUGCUUGGUAUCACACUAGAUGUUUCGUCAAGCUUGGCGAUUGGGGGAAUGAUAAGCGCAGGGCUAGUGGAAGUGAUGCUGCAGAUCAAGACGCAACCGCGCUAUGUAUUGGCCAAGGGUGGCAUUACCUCGGCAGAGAUUGCCACAAAGGGCCUUGGAGCGAAAAAAGCUCUUGUCGUUGGCCAAGCGAUCGCUGGUGUUCCUCUGUGGAAGCUUCGUGACGGCUGUCGGUUCCCAGGAAUUCCAUACAUUGUGUUUCCAGGAAACGUCGGUGAUGCUCAUGCCCUGGAAUCCCUUGUGCGAAAAUGGAGCACUCAGCUGUCUGCAACCACGGCAAGCAUCCUGCAGCAAGCCCGAAGAGAGCAUUUUGCAGUUGGGGCAUUCAAUGUCUACAAUAUGGAAGGCGUCAUUGCGGUUAUCAGGGCUGCAGAGAAGAGCAAGAGCCCCGUGGUAUUACAGAUCCAUCCGACAUCUCUAGAACGUGGUGGGGAGGCUCUUGUCAGCUGUUGCCUUGGCGCUGCGAAGCGAGCUGCGGUUCCAGUCUCUCUGCAACUUGACCAUGGUACUAAUGAGCAACAGAUUAUGGAGGCAAUGAACAUGGAAGGUGAGAAGACACCGAGAACACCAAGGCAGCACCCGCCCUUGCUGUUCCAGAAUUAUGGGUUGAAGGCGCAACAAGGCAAACCGGUGCCGAUGAGUAGCGCGAGGGGAAAAGGAGGCGGAGGCCCUGUAGGAUCGAGCGGCGUAGGUGCGGCAAAUGGGCGGUCGGGUGGCGUGUUUGGCGGCGGAAGCAGCGCGAUGGCGGGGUCUUCCUAUGCCGGAGCCACCAGCGGAGGCUCGCGCGCUUCCGGGUUCAUGUCGGGGACGCCCAUGCGCGGCGGAUCGAGAGGUGGGGGUCUCUCCUCCCUAGGAGGUGCGCAAGAUGACGUGUUUGCGAGCUUGAAUAAUGGGGGCUCCUCGUCCGGAAGGUCGAGCCCCAAUAAUAAUGAUGUGUUCGCAACGCUCGGUAAUCUUUCUUCGGGGACAAGCGGAGUUAGUGGGUAUGGCGCCACGAAGACCCCGCCGAUGAGGCCCGCAGCGAGUGGGAGUGGAGACGGGGGAGGGAAAAGCCUGGGGGCAGACUUGGACGACAUGCUCGAAAGCAUCAGUCGCAAGGGUGGAGGGGGAGGCGGGGGGGGAGGAGGGGAAGGAGCGCGAGGUGGGGCGCGGAAAGCUAGCGCUAGCUCCGCCGCGUACGGAAUUGAUGAUUUGUUCGGUACCGGGCCGGGCAGCAGCAGUAACAGCAAGGUGAACAGCAGUGGCGAUAGCUCGGAUGACUUGUUUUGGGGCAUUGGGGGCGGACGAGUUGGGAAGGGGGCUACUAGCAGUGGGGAGAAAGUAGGUGGUAGAAGUCCCUCCCACCCGACCUCCUCCGCGGGCGGGGCUGCUGAUGAUGUGGCAGACCUUUUGGGGGGAUUCGGGAAUUCAGAAGCGAGCGCCGGUGUCCCAUCGAAAGCUAGUACGAAUACGAAGAGUAGUCCUGCCCGUACGGAAGACAAAGGGGAUCCUUUGGUAUCUCUGGAUGGGGAUACAGACUCUGGGGGAGGCAAGGAGGGUUCCUCGGGAUUUGCCACCCCCGCAACGGAAUUUGACGAUCCAUUCGAAGGGUUGACGGUUCCGCGGCCUUCGGGAUCGCCGCCAUCUUCCGCCCCUGCGACGGGUGCUGACGGGGCGCCCAGGGGCGCGGCUGAGGCGGCGAGUGGGCACCCAUCGCGCGCGCCAUCGGCUACAGGCAUAGAGGGGUUUGAAGACUUCGCUCCGCCGACGACGCAGCCUGCCUCGAGCAGCGCGGAAGCUGCGGGCCCGCGUGGCACUGGUGGCGCGGCGGCGGCAGGGAGGGGAGGCAAUGACUCCAUGCCCGCGCAGUCGAGGCAAGCGGGGGUAAGUGGAGACAGGGGAGUUGAGGGAGAGGAGGAUGGUCCGAACCCCACCGUCAGCGGGGUGAACGUCGACUCGGCUUCCGCGUCUAUUCCGCCUUCCGGUGCUGCCACCGCCGCUGCGGCUACUGCCGCCGAGAGAAGAACGCCCCCCGAGGAGGGAGCUGCCCCCGGAUCGAAGGAGGUGCCUCGACCGGCGCGAGAUGAGCGUCCUCCUUCUGCGCCGUCGCAAGGACAACCACCAACGGCCGGCGGCAGAGACACGUCUCCCAUGCCAAACGCUGCCGAUGGGCAGAGGGGACCGGGCGCUGCUGCUCCUCCAGCGAGUGCCCGCGCCGCCGGCAAGGAUGCGCCUGCAGGGAGGGAGAAGAUGAAACCGGCGGAAACCAGGAGCGGAGUGCCUCCGCCUGUUGCCACGAAUAUGGGGACGGCAGAUUCGGGGCGCGGAGGUGGUUUUGGAUUCCCCGAAGAGCCCGCGCCGUCCGUCUCUCCCACUUUUAAGGAAUGGGUGACGAUAAAGGACAUCAAGUUGAAGACUCGUCCUUGCACGCUGCCGCCUCCUUCACGUCCUCCCCCUCCUGUUCCUCCUUCGAUGGGCUUUCAGAGGGCCAGCCCCGUGUUUAGCUCCAACCCGUCUCUCUCCCCUAAUCAUCAGCGACCGGCGGACCCUGUCGUUCGUCUCAGAAGCAGCAUGUCCGCGGAUACGCAGCAGUCCCAACCACCUCCCGAAGAGCCGCGUUUGAGAAAGCCGCACGCUUACGAACCUACUCCCGUUUUCCCAAGGGCGUCGACUCCUUCCGGUGGCGGAAAGACGGCGCGAGCGCAGCAGCAACCGCAGCAGCAACAGGCGUCGGCGCAACCGCCUCCGCGGUACGAUUCCCCAUCGUCUACUGGCGCAGGUCGCCCGCGGUGGGGUCCAGGGCAACAGGAUGGCAGUGGUGGCGGCGGCGCAAGUGCCCGUGCGUCCGCUAGUUCCGCGCCGUCGUCGUCGUCGUCAAACUCCAAAGAGGAUGCGCGCGGCGGAGGCGAAAGCGAAGAUCCAUACGUUGCGCAAAUACGGCGGAUGAGAACCGCGGCACCGUCGUCGGCGCAGUCCUCGCCGGUGCCGGAGCGGACGUCCUCGGGGAAGGAGGAGGAUGCUGCGCGGGCGGCGGCCGCGCAGUCUUCCGCCGAAGUCGCGCGGGCGGCGAAGAAGGCGCAAGAGAAGAUGAGAGCGGAGAUGGCGGCGAAAGAAGAGGCAGCGUCCCGGCAGCCGCGGCCAUCGCCGUCUCCGUCACCCUCGCCUGCAGAACAGAGGGCGUCAGAUUCAGGGAACUUCUUCGGUCAGUCGACGACGGCGGGGAGAGGCACGAGGUCGAAGCCUCGACCUACCGAGCGGGAUUUCAUGGGAGCUGGCGACAGACCCCCGAUGACGAGUGUGGAUGACCUAGCAAACUUGGGCAAGAAGAAGAAGCAGCCGGGCGGAUGGGUGGAUAUGUCCGCCGAGGACAUGUGGGGUCCUGACGUCGUCGGGUCCGCCGCGAAGGUGGCCGAGCCGGAGGAUCCAAACGAACCAGCGGAACGGAGAGCUUAUCGAUCGGAGAGAGAUAGGCGAGUGGAGGAGCGCGCUGCGGAAGCGCUCGCGGAAAAGAACCGUCGCGACAUGGAGAUGCUGCGGGAACAGGAGGCGCGGCACCUAGCGGAUGAAGAACUUGGCGGAGAGAUCAAAAGAUGGGCGGCGAACAAGGAAGGCAACAUCAGAGCGCUACUCUCUACGCUACAGGAUGUUCUUUGGCCUGGUUGUGGCUGGGUGCCCGUCUCCAUCACCGACCUUAUCAGCGCCGCGGCAGUGAAGAAAUACUAUCGAAAGGCUGCAUUGUGUGUUCAUCCUGACAAGGUCCAACAGAAGGGGGCAACGGUGCGGCAGAAGUAUGUCGCAGAGAAGGUCUUCGAUCUACUCAAGGAGGCAUGGAACAAAUUUAAUUCCGAGGAACUGUUUUAAGGGGGGGGGGGGGGGGGGGGGGCGGGGGGGGAGUUGCGGUGGCGGGAAGAUGCGGAAAAGAAGAAGAAAAAGGGGAGGGGGCAACAGCUUGCUACUGGUUGUCCGUGCUGUCAUUGAAAGUAAGUUGGAAGAGAGGGGCACGUAGUAGAGAGUAUGAACGAGGAGAGGAAGAGAGAAGAGCGGGUCUCGGCCACGGCGGUGAAAUGUGGAACGAAAAAGCGAAGGGGAGGAGGGGGAGGAGGGGAGGAGAGGAAGGCUCAGGAAGGAAUCGGUGGGAGAGUAGGGGAUGAAGGGAAGGGGUAUGUUUGGCCUGGCAAAAGAUGGAAAUGAAGAAACAGGGGGGUUUGCUCAUGGCGAACUCUUGUUGCGGAGAUGACGACAACGACAAUCGAUCGACGACUGCUAGGUAGUCAGUCACUCUGCUGUGUGUGGUACACUACUCUACUGUGAGUACGAAUUACUAUAAACAGUCCGUUCCUAACCGUCGAUCGAUCGAUCGAUCGGUCGGGUGGGGUGGGAGAAGUGGGCGAUUAGUUGGUUUGAGGCUUCGAGGACGAUCUGAGAAAGGUUGGGAUUAGGGUCACACACAGAGAGAGAGAGAGAGAGAGAGAGAGAGAGAGAGAGAGAGAGAGGAAAUAAGAUAACCCUAAAGCCAUGGAAAGAGGGAAGGGAAAUAAUGCGCGAUUGGGAUCAACCUGAGAACGCAACCUUUGUGUGAGUGGAGAGAGGAAAGGUGGGAAAAGGGAGGGGGCUAGUAGAGAGAGAGAGAGAGUGAUAAGUCCAUGUUGGGACUAGUUUCUCAAAAGGGGCGACGGGCAGCAUAAUGGUUGGAUUGCGAACAUCGUCACGCAUUUCGGACUUUUGAUGGGCUGUAUAGAUUGGAAUCUUCCUGGAACCUUCCAGAAGUUUGUGGCUGAGUAGCGGCUGACGAGCCAAGCAGGGACGCGGGGAAUCGAACCGUUCAUUUUCAUUUUGGGUCCCGUUAAUUGUUUAUGAUGGCCGAGUUUGGAGGUCAUGCCCGAGCCUUGGUAUCGAUUUCUUUCUCUGAUUUUUUUGUUUUCAUCCCACCAGGGAUUUGAAUUGUUCGUUAGGGAACUCAAGGAGAUCAGGGUUGGUGCCAUCGUUUAGUCUUUUGCCCGUUAGGGAACUCCAGGAGAUCAGGGUUGGUGCCAGUAUUGCCCGUUAGGGAACUCAAGGAGUGUGGAGGUCAAGCCCGAGCCUUGGUAUUCUGCUGGUCUUAAGGACAUGGAGCUUGAGGAGAAAGGAGCCAUGGAUGGACAGACAGGAAAAAAAAUGUGGAGUUAGGGUGCGUGAGUUGGACGGGUGAUGAGGUCUAUCCUCGGCGCCGCCUCCAGUGCGCUCGGCGCCUUCUUAACUGCUGCCUGCACUCCGCGGAUCCUAAAGUGUGAAGACAGACGAAGAUUCGGCGCCCUAGCGUGCACAUCCUUCUUAAGGAAUUUGACAGUCUAAAUUUCAGCACUUCUUACAGUAAGUCACCCUCUCGAGUGCUACCUGCAACGUCAACGAAAUUUACGAAUGCGAGCAUUUGGAGACAUACGUAACCUGGGGAGUGCUGGGAAUUUGUCCGUGUGCGAGGGAAUGAAGGAGAGGGGGAGGGAAAUAUGAGUGUUGAGCAGACAGUGGAGGCAGUGAUGAUGAGCAGCAGCAGCCCGCGUCUCUGCACCGCGUAGAUGAUGAUAGGUUAAGAGCAAGAGCAAGGAGAGUAGGGGCGAACGUGAAGGAAAAAACAUUAUUUGGCGUUUUCUAUUUCAUGUGCGCGUGUGUGCGCGCGUUUGUGUGUAUGUGCGUGGAGAGAGAGAGAGAGAGAGAGAGAGAGAGGGCGCGAAGGAUAUCACGGCCAUCGUCAUUAGCCGCACAAGAACAAAAAUGGGCUGUGUUGGAUUAGACAGAGGGAUUUGGCGGGAAAAGAGAGACAGAGGGAUUUGGCGGGAAAAGAGAGAGGAAGAGAUGGGGUUGGGAGUGAGAAGAUCAGGGCUGCCGUUAGAGGCAUAUAGGUCUCUGGAUUUAUUUGUUGUUCUUUUUUUUGUUGUUUCACCACCCACACCAUAUAGGUAAACGGAUUUCUUUCGGAUUUCCUUGUCGCGGUUACGUUGAUGGGCUUGUCUAUGUUGAUGAAAUCUUAACUUGCGGGUACGAAAAUUCACGAUUCUAGGUCUCUGGUCUUGGUCUUGGGAUCAAUUGGGCCCUGUGAAACCCUCAGUGGUUCUGAGCGUCUCUUUCCGCACCGGGAUAUCUGCUGCACCCCAAAACAAAAGCGGAGCAGUCCACGCAUGAAAUAGUCUGUUUUGUAACUUUUUGACUGAUUUUUUUUUUUCAGCCUUUUUGGUAGAGCAGCCUCAGCCCCCUUGUCAGAACAAAACAGCUUGGAAAGG